GCAGCAGACAUCGGCAAAGUUUUCAUAACAAAUCACACGACCCAUCAUUUGCCCUGGCAGGAAGGUGCAGAGCAACCUGUGAAGGACUUGCAUGUGGAGGGAAGUGACUACCCCUUUGUACUGAGGCAUGAAUGCAGUCUGGGGUGCAGCAGCAUGCGAGGACCUCAGAUGUCCAAACCCAAAGCUCGUUGUUAACCUGGUCAUUUAGGCUCAAUACAGAAGAGGCUGAAAGGGGCAGAGUGCAGCCAGGGCUCAGAACCUAAUCCUCAGUCUCCCUCUCCCCUUACAGUUUCCGAUGUCCCUGGCCGGGAUCCCCAUUCUGUCCCGCCCCAUCCCUCCCAGCCCUGCUGCAGACACCUCCCUCACAUCUCCUGCCCACCCUCCAUCCUCAGACAGCAUUCGGGAGCCUGUCAUCGCAGCCAGACCUUCCUCACACCCUCGCCAUGAAGGGCGCCCUGCUUGGAACCAUGUUUUCCCGGCAUGUGAAGCGGCACCCCGGACUCAUUCCCCUCAUUGGCUUCAUCAGUGUUGGCCUAGGCAGUGCUGUCCUCUACUUGCUGAGGCUGGCUCUGUACAGCCCAGACGUCAGCUGGGAUCGAAAAAAUAAUCCUGAACCCUGGAAUAAGCUGAGCCCCACGGACCAGUAUAAAUUUCUGGCAGUUUCCACCGACUACAAGAGCCUCAAGAAGGACCGUCCCAGUUUCUGAGCUGCCCUGGAGAUGUGCUCCGGCACAAGGUCAGGGGAGAGCAUGUCCACCCCUGGCAGUGCUGCUGCAGCCCCCACCAGCCCUCCUGGCUCCUGCCUGCCCCAGAGCUCCAAGUUUCUGCAUUCACUGGCCUGGCUGCUUUCCAAGCACCCCCAAACUCUGGGGCUGUGUCCCCCCCCAAUAAACUGCAUCACCCUGCA